GCGUCUGUCCAUCCCUGCGUUCGUCUGGCUGGCACAGCAACUGACUUCCGCAUUCCCAAAUCUUCAAAAUAGGGAUCGGUAAAGAAACGGGCUGAUGCAACGAUAUCCACUUUUUAAAAUAUACUCUAGACCAUCUUCUGAUCCCAAAAAAGGACAUUUGCUGAACACGGAAACCAACCCAGCUGUGGUCGUAGGAGGGAGUAACAUGAUGCCCGGGCCGAUCCCUGAUCCCUCCGUGGCGGCCGGCUCCUUGCCUGGUCUGGGACUACUAGCAGGCAUCUCUGCCACAACACUGACCGAUCAGCUCAAGUAUGCUGACCUUUGCAGUCUGGGUGCCAUGCUGUCUCCACUGCAUCUGCUGGGCAAGAGGUCCAAAAGAGUCUUGCCCAUGAAGACUGAGAGAGACGAGGAGGAGGAGAGGAGGAAAAGGAGAAGGGAGAAGAACAAAGUAGCAGCAGCGCGAUGUCGAAACAAAAAGAAAGAGAGAACAGAAUAUCUACAAAAGGAAUCAGAAAGGCUAGAGAUGAUGAAUUCUGACCUCAAGGCCCAGAUUGAAGAGCUGAAGCACGAGCGUCAGCAAUUGAUCCUAAUGCUUAACCGACACCGGCCCACCUGCAUUGUGCGGCGAGACAGUGUGGAGACCCCAAACAGUGAGGCUAACCCCCUCUUGGAGCAGCUGCAGGCCGAGGCCAAGUUAUGAGCUUGGUAGUGUCCUGUGCCAUCACUGUGGUUCAUGUUUACUGCAAAAGCCUCAGAAGGCCUAGCUAGCUAGCCAGCAAAGCCAGCUAGAAGCACUUAGCUCAACCCUCUGGAGCGCUGCACAGAGGCCUGGAGGAGCACUCCUGCCUGCAAGCGUGGAGGUUGAGCCCUUGAUGAGAAAAUGAGAAACAGAAAGAUGGGGCCCAAUGUAAUUGGGCUUUGUUACUGAUGCCAAGACUCUUUCAUUACCCUUGUUGUCGUUUACACCUUUGCAUUUCUCACAACAUCCAGCAGGUUGAUACAAGCCUCAACAUUACUCCAGGUCUUGGGUUAUUUUGAUGUGUUUUCAUUGGGUAUGCUCAUACAGAAUGCAUUCAAAUAUGAUUGUGGUAUUGAUUUAGAUCUGUUCUUGGCCGUAGUUUCAGUUUUUUUUAUAUAUAUAUAUAUAUAUAUUUUUUUUUUUUUUUUUUUUCUGACGCAGGCGUCAUUUAUGCAUAUAUGAAGUUUACAUCUUUGUUACCUACAAUUAUAUACGCUCUUUUUAUACUACAUGUACAUGUAUAUUAAAUUUACCAUGUGCUAUCACUAGAUGUGAUCCAUUUUGUAUUACUGUCUCAAAUGUUUAUACAGUAUUUUUUCAUAGCUUUGGGACAAGCUCAAUAUGUAUCUUGCGCAAUGUUGACAACUGUUAAAGAUAUUUCACAAGAAUUGACUGUAUGUUUGGAUGACUCCUUUUAGACUUAAUACCUCUGCAUUUCAGUCUAAUUAAUUUUUGUUUGCUGUGAAAAAUUGCCAUACAAGUUGUCUAUAUACAAUAACUUUUCUAUAUAAAAUGUAUUUAGAUAACAUUUAUUUUGCAGAUAAUUAAAACAUAUUUUCCAAUAGCAUCUCACAUCUCAUUUACGUAUUUUAUUCUGAUUUGGCAAUAUUAUCAGGUCUAAUGACAACUUGAAUUGGGACUGAACACAACAGUUUAAAUCAGUUAUUUAAAGCUGAAUUUAAAGUGGCAUUUUUAUCUACAGGUUCAAUUUGACUUAUGCUAACAAGAUACACAGUGGAUGGUUCACACCAGCCCAGUACUAGGAAGCUCCUGAAUAAUUUCAAAUUACUUAAAAAACAAUACAUUCAAAAGUCAUCAAAUCACUGGUGGCCAAAAAGUAGCAAAAGGCCAGUCCACAAAAUUGUGUUCUUUAAUGAUCUGGACUUUCCCAUGACAUCAUCUUAUAACCUCGGAUAGAUGCGAGUGUGUUUGACCUGAGUUGUCCCCUGAGUUUUUUUAAGAGAACCCUGUGACCAUUAGAAGUACCAUUUGUGAAAGAGGUAUUUUUGUUUUUGUGUGAAUUUGGAUGGAUCGGUGCAAAAGGGGCAUAUAUUGGUGUGGUCAUAUGACAAAACCCAAACCCAAGGAUGUGUCAAUAUACUGUUUUAUUAAGAAACACAGUAAAAAUGUCAAAUAAUUACAAUCAGAUCAACACUGUACAGAAAAAAAAUGUCAUGGUGUUUAAAAUAUUGCAGAAGAAAACUGAAAAUGUUUAGCUUCAAAUAAUAAAUCUGACAUAUUUGAAUCA